AUGCGUGAGAGCUCGAGGAUGGGUACUCUUCAACACAACACAUUAUUGCCACUAUGCGUGAAAAAAGGCGAGCUCGAUUUUUACUUCUCCCACGAAUUUACACACUCCAAACACGCGCAAAAAGCAUCCGAGAUGAUGGGAAGAUGCUUCGCCUCGGCCCCGUCUCCAAACGCGAGCGAAUUGAAUAAGUGUCAGGCUGUCACCGGCUUGCAGCACGUCGCUGAAGGCAUGGCUGUUGGAUCAGUUUGGGGUCUUACACGAUGGGAAACAGCCAUAUCCGGGUGCCAUCACCACAUGUAUGUUUUCAACUAUUACCUUUCGCAUUUUAUGGAGAAGUUGGCGAAUUCUGGUGCAAAGAUGGUAGUCAUAAGUAACUCCUCAAGGCGUGCAUCAACAACCAUUGAAAAGUUGAGUAGCCUUGGGUUUAAUCCCUCUCUCUUUCUGGGAGCUAUAACCAGUGGGGAGUUAACACACCAGUACCUACUGAGGGCUUUUAAAGCCCAUGGCGAGACGAACAAAAUGAGUUUCAUUGAACAUGUUCUGGACAGGAGAGAUGAUCCAUGGUUUGCUGGUCUUGGGAGCUCUUGCAUUCACAUGACCUGGAAUGAUCGAGGUGCUAUAUCUCUUGAGGGCUUAGGGCUCCAGGUUGUGAAUAAUGUCGAAGAAGCUGAGUUUGUUUUGGCUCAUGGAACUGAAGCUUUGGGGCUUUCAUCUGGACAUGCACUCCAAAAGACACUCGACGAACUUAACGAAAUUUUGGGGCAAUGUGCUGCUAAAAAGAUUCCCAUGGUCGUUGCAAAUCCGGAUUUUGUUACUGUUGAGGCUAGAGCUCUACGUGUGAUGCCUGGAACAUUGGCAGCAACAUAUGAGAAGCUAGGUGGAGAAGUGAAGUGGAUGGGCAAACCGGGCGAGAUUAUAUAUAAUUCGGCCAUGGAAAUGGCUGGCGUGGAAGCCGCCGAUUGCAUUGCUGUUGGCGAUUCACUCCACCACGACAUUAAAGGAGCAAACAUUGCUGGUAUAGCUUCGGCCUUCAUCACCGGUGGGGUCCACGCAACUGAACUUGGACUGAGUACAUUCGGACAAACUGCAGAUGAUUCUUCUCUUCAUUCUCUCGUCAAAAAAUACGAUGCUUAUCCGACAUAUGUUCUUCCUUCAUUCACAUGGUAGCAUUUUAUCAAGAUUCUGGUAAGGACUCCAUUCAUAUGGGGAGCGUUUUUUGUUUUUCGACUUGGAACACGAAUGGCAGUAGCUGAAUCAUACAAUGGACAUUAAUUGCUGCUUUUACAGUUGAAAAAAAAAAUGCACUUUUUCAUGCUUUUUUUUAUUAUAAACUGGCCCAGCCCUCCCUGGCCACCUACAGGCUACAC